AUGAAGGAUGUCUUACAAUGGGCAAUUGACCACUACGAGACGAGGGAUCAACUGAUCCAGAAAGGGAUUUGGAAAGGUGAACUCUAUCACGACUCCAUCUUUAAAGAAAACAGCAGAGGCUGGCUCUGGAAGGCUCUGCUGCUGUGCGAUGAGAACAACAAUUGUUUGCUGACUGAGAAUCUUAAGCAGUUGGACCUUAACCAACUCGGACUGGUACCGGUGCCUAUCCUGGCGGAUGACGAAAAUGAUGACAACAAGCAUGGGACAAAAAAUCCGGAGAGGGUUUUGCACUCGAACGUUUCGUCUUCACUGGGGAUCAGAAGGCUGACUCCCAUCGAGGCUGUUGAAAAUCAUCCCCUGUCCGGUAACAGUGCCAGGACUGCAGGCUCUUUGCCCAAUGGAAGGGAGGAAAAGCCAUUGACACUCAGAGAAACUCUGGAAAUUAUAGAUCUGGACCUCUCAAGGAUAAUGCUCGACGACAUAUUCCAGGAAGCCAAAGUUCAUGCUCAGAUGCGACAGCUCCUAUACAACUACUUGCUUAUUCAUCAGAACGAGCACCUACAGUACAAGCAAGGGUUCCACGAAAUAUUAAGCGUUAUCUAUCUGCAACUAUACCAUGGCAGCGAUCUCGAUAAUACCAGUUUGCAAAACGUUCUGAUUAUCUUCAAUAAGCUAAUGAAUCAAAUCGAACCGAUUUUUUACAAUGAAGAAAAUCUGAUCAGCUGGGAUAAGAGGAUAUUCACUAAAAUAUUCAAGAUUUGUUUGCCCGACUUAUUCACCAAGAUUUUUUACCAACCACCAAAGACGGAGAACGGAAGGAAGAAAAAAACAAACCAGUUGGUUCAUUCCAACUUAAUCUGGCUUAUCCGAUGGACAAGGCUGUUAUUUUUGAGGGAAUUGCCCCUGAGAAACGUGCUGAUUGUCUGGGACCACGUCUUGACGUUCAACUACCCCUUAGAAGUCUUUAUUGCAUGUUUCAUCAUCACACUCUUUCUUUCUAUAUACGAUGAACUUCACGCGCUCGUAAACCAAGAUGACUACGAACAUACCAACAAUAAUGACGAAUUUAUCGAGUUGAUUUUGCACUUCAAGAACAUUUUCCAGAAAGAAAAUGCGAGUAAGAAUGAUGAAGAUUUUUUAGAACUAUGUAGGAUCACGGGAAACUUAUCCGAAUUAUGGUACGGCAAAAACCAUGACGAUAUGAGAUUGAUUUGUGACACCUUUAUAAACGCGAAGUUUGGCAUCAAGACUAGUAGUAUCUCGAGCAUGGAAAUCGCAAAAACGACUAUCGACCCCAAUAGACAAUCGCUAGAAAAUAAACUAAGAGAAAGGGUCAGACAAACAAUUUUGAGAAACAAAAAAAAAUGA